AUGAACUCUGGAUUGAACAACCAAAAUUCCUUAUUGCAGCAACUAACUCCAGCCCAACUUGAAGAGUGUAAACUUCUAUCUUCAUAUUCUCGAUAUCAUAUUACUUCAUAUGCUCAAAUCAUAUAUUUGGCAAUUAAUUACCUAUUUUAGAUAGCAACAAUUUUUCACCAAUCUUUUGAGCAGCAACAUGAAAAACCUUACAAAUCCCUGGCAUCUUUCAAUAGUUUUAGGACAAUCUUUUUAGAACCUCAUAGGCACAGGAUCUGUUCAAUUUUAAUCGUGGUAAGAUAUCAUCAAUUCUACAUCAAUUAUAAUAUUGUGACCUUAUAGUUAUUUGAAUUGGCUUAUAUUUGCUUAGGUUUGGGAGGUGCAAUUAAUUCGAUUGAUUAUAUGAAAAUUUUAUAGAAAAGCCUCUAGAUGAACAGCAAUGCCAUAAAUGCCUUCAAUUAGAAUUAGUUUUUCUGCCCAUUAGGAAUGGCGAAUCAAAAGAAAACAAAUACUUUGUAAAAUCCGAUUACUGUUGAAGAUGAUGACCCCCCUUAAUUUUAGAAAUGUCAGAAUUCGAAAUGCAACAACAAGGGAGAUCGCAAGACCAAGUCAAAGAAGGGUGAAACCCUCCAAUUCUGUGAGAAAUGUUCGAGGAUGUACAAUCGAGGAAAUUUUUGUGAUUUUUGUGAAUAAGUCUAUUCGAAUGGGUCAUAUGAUCAUGAUGAAUAAGAAUGGAUACAAUGUGAUGAAUGUGAGAAAUGGAAUCAUCUAAAUUGUGAAGCUAAAUGUAGGAAUUAGAAUAUCAAAGAGGAGACUGAGAAUAAAGUUUAUUAUUGUUUAAAUUGUUCUAAAAUUAAAAAACAAUAACAAUAAUAAUAGUUUCAGUAAUAGAAGAAACAAGAGAAGACGGUAGAAGAAUAUCAGCCAAAACAAAGAACCAUUAUGGAAUGCGAGGAUGCUAGAACAAGGGAGAAGAAUAUCAAUUUUGUAGCCACUAAAGAUAACAAAGUUUAAUUCACAUUUCGAUUGAAUCUAUAUGAUGAUGAAAUUAAGUCAGAUCUCGAUUUUCUGAGGAAUUCUGGCAAGAAGAACAUUAAGAAAUAGAAUUAAUAAGAUUCUCCAAUCAUAAAAUAAAUUUUAAUCCCUCAAUAAUAACAAUAGUAAUAAUAAUAAUAAUAGUAUUAAUAAUAGUAAUAAUAACAAUAAUAAUAAUAAUAAUAAUAAUAAUAAUAAUAAUAAUAAUAAUAAUAAUAAUAACAAUAAUAAUAAUAAUAAUAAUAACAAUAAUAACUAAUAUAAGAAGAGAAAAAUUCUGAUUAGUAAAUGAAUAGUAGGCCAAGAACUAGAAAUAACAAAAAUAGAGUUAAUUAUAGGAAUUUAGGGGGUGAAUGA